AUGGAUCAACCAAAAAUUGUACCAAAUACAGAUGGGACCCUUAAAAGGGUCCACACCGAAGUUUCGGACUUCUUGUCUUCCGACGAGGAGUCCAUGAAAUCGAAAACUAGUGUGAAGAAAUCCAAAGUGAUUUCUUCACAAAACUGGCCAAGGUUUCUCGUCAUCAGUUCCACUGAUGACGGAGCCUUGAAUAAACUUUCACCCUUUGCCAUUCAAAAGGCAAUUGUUGGCUUGGCUGAUACUCUCUUGGAUUACGCAAACAAAGACACAAUUAGUUUAAAACUUCCUGCGUCCCCACAGUCCAACAGGUCGCUCCAGUUAACAGUUCACAUUUCAGACUGUUUUGAUACCAGCACAAUAGUCUCGUUAAGAGUACAGGUUCAGACCGCAAAAUCUGAUGUACAGCCAUUUCUCGAAUGGUUGAAUGAUGUUUCUAAGGAAGCCGUUCAAGAGAGACCAUCAGAUUUUCUUGAGAAAGCGUUGGGUAUUGUGGGUAUGCUUGAGACAGUGCAAGUAGAAGCAAAUACUACAAUUGCAGAAAAGAUAACAAUUAUUCGUGAGCGGUUGCUGAACGGUCUUAACAAGUUUGAAGCUAUAGAUAAAGAAAUGCUUUUUCAGAUGAGUGACCUUAUAAACAAGUUAAUUGCACAUGGUAUAUCGCCUACAAUGGAGAAUCCAGCUUUGAGUGUGAGCACCUACCUAGCACAUGAUUUAAACAGGACAACGGAUUGUCAAGCUAGUGCCAGAAACAUUGCCAAGAUACAAUGUAACACACUGGUAACUCUGAUGAACAAGCAAGUGAAAGAAGACACAGAAUACAAACAGAUAGAGGUUAAAAACAAGCCUGUAUUGAAUGUCCUACAGGCUGUUAGUGACUGUGUGUUGAAAUCUGUCCCGUCGGUUAUGGAAGGACCACUGAAUCUUCAAUCGGAUGAGGUAUCUCUGACGGUUCAACGGACUGAGCCGACUGUUGAUGCAUUUCAUAUUACAGCUGAUCCUGUGGAUGAUGGUAACCCAGGUGGCUCCGUUUUUUUCCCCAAUGACAUGAAGCAUGGAAGAAAGAAACCUUUCGAUUUGCAGAUGAUGAUUAUAAAGAAGAAUCCAUUCCAGUGGUCACCAACGGCAGAUGACGUGAAUUUACCAGUGAUGAAGAUCUCAGUCAAAAAUGAUGGAAAAAGCCUAAAUCCAUCGGAUCUGACUGUGCCAGCAGACAUCUUCAUAUCAAAAGGUCAGAUUAUCCAUGGUAAAGUUGAAUCACACAGACAGACGAUUGACAUUGGCAUACAGACAUUUACUGUGGAGUGUUCUUACUGGAGUGAGGCACAUGAAGAGUGGAGACAGGAUGGUUGUAUGGUCAGUCCCUUUACAACUGUAACAAGUUUACACUGCUGGUGUAGUCAUCUGACCGUGUUUUCUGGUGGUGUUUUCGUUUCACCCAACACUGUUGAUCCAAUUGGUGAUAUAGGCUUGUUCUUGACGUUUUUCGACAACCCUGUGGUGGUCGCGCUCAUUGUUGGGGUUUGGAUUCUGUUCAGUAUGUUGCUGCAUUGGGCACGCAGAGUAGAUCAGAAAGAUUUAAGAAAUACUGGUAUCACAAUGCUUGAUGACAACGUUCCUGAAGACCGCUAUGUGUACAUGAUCUGCGUGGUGACUGGUUGGUGGGUGCAGGCUGGCACCACCUCCAGAGUGUUCAUGUACCUGUGUGGGAAGAAUGGACUAUCUUCACGACAUGCCCUGUUUAGCAGGAGUAAGGACCUCUUCACAUCUGGUGCCGAGAACUGGUUUCUUCUCAAGACCACCAGAAGUCUGGGCCACCUUAGAUCUGUGGUCAUAUGGCAUGACAACAGUGGACACCAGCCAUCUUGGUACCUGAAAGAAAUUGUUGUCAAGGAUGUCCAGACUGAAGAGGUAUGGCACUGUCUCUAUGAUGAAUGGCUCAGCCUUGAUAAAGGACUGGGAACUCUUCAAGCAGACAUCCCAGCCAUUGCAGAUGCAACUUUUGCAAAGAAGCGUUUCUACCAGUUCAUGCACACAACCAGUCGCGACUUCCGCAAUGGACACAUCUGGAUCAGCAUCUUCUCCAAACCUCCGGCAAGCCGUUUUAUGCGUACCCAGCGACUCAUGUGUGCUCUCUGUAUUCUUCUGUCGACAAUGCUAACUAACAUCAUGUUCCACGGAAUUCCACGAGAUGAUCCCGAAUACCAGGUUGAUUACGGAGAUUUUCACCUCUCACUGGUGGACUUUGUAAUCGGAAUCGAGAGUGCCUUGAUAGUGUUUCCUAUCAAUUUGAUCAUCAUCUUGUUGUUUAAAUUAACCAAACUGAAACCUGACACUGUACUGGAAUCAGGGGAACCUGUGGACGACACAAUCAAACUUCACAAAGAAAAGAAAAAUAUAUGUUCUAAGUUUAGAUUGCCAUGGUACUUUAUUUAUGUUGCCUAUUUCAUAGCAAUCACAACCUCCCUUGUCUGCUCAUACUUUGUGAUGCUGUAUGGACUCAAGUACGGCUAUAACAAAAGUUUGGCAUGGGUCAUUUCUUUCUUCACGUCGUUCUUCCAGAGUGCACUUGUUACAGAACCAGUCAAGGUUUUAGCUGUAGCAUUCCUGCUCACUAUGAUAUUCAGACAAAACAUGCAGUAUGACAGUGGAAAGCAACAGCAAACAGCAGAUGAGGAGGACGAGUUCUACGUGCGAGAUGAUUAUACGAAAUUAUCUCCACAGUACAUUAUACCUGUGUCACAACACCUCCUUAGAAACGUCCGUACUCGAAUCAUCAUGGACCAGCGCACUUGGGAGAUUCUGAUGGAAAUCCUGCUGUAUUUCACAUUUGUUGCCAUAGUGUUGCUGGUGGUUUUGGGCCACAGUGAUGUGAAAGAGUCUUACAGUGUUACCAAUAGCAUUGAGAAUAUCUACAUCCGUACAUUUGAACAUAACCGAACUAAAUAUUUUUAUAAAGUAACCGACUCACACACUAUGUGGGAAUAUUUGAAUGAAACGUUUUUGGAAAAUGUUUCCGGGUUCUCCACUCCAGUUUCACAUAAAGUAUCAUUUCUUGUGGGAAGGACAAGAUUGCGACAAAUAAGAAUACACAAAGGACCUUACACUAAAAACUGGGAAAAUGAAACAACUGAUGACGAGAUAACAAUGUGGACAUAUCAGUCUGGAUCUAAGUUAAACACCCUUCCAAUUAUGGGAAGACUCGACACCUAUCCUGGUGGGGGAUAUGUUCUUCAGUUACCAAGACAUCCAUAUAAGGCACGAGAGCUUAUAGAAGGUGUUAAAAAGACAAAAUGGAUUGAUGAACGGACGCGGGUGGUGUUUGUGGAAUUCACUCUCUUCAACCCAAAUGUCCAGCUGUUUACAGUGGUGGUGCUGAUGUUUGAAUACUCCAACACUGGUUUCGUGUUUCCCUACCAUCUGAUUUACACGGCUAACUUCUAUCACUACCAGAACGAAUUUGAGACCUUUGUUGCCCUUGUCGAGAUCCUUUUUGUUAUAUAUCUGUUUAUUUUUACCUGUGCUGAAUUUAAAAAAUUUCGUAAAAUGAGUUGCCGUGACUACUUUAAUGAGCCAUGGACUUUCGUUGAACUAACCAUUUUGUGUUUAGCGUACUCCACUAUUGCUCUGUUUAUCAGUCGGCUUCUUGUGUGUAAUCAUCUGAUGGACACGUUUGCAGACUCUGAUUUCGAGAAGUUUGCUAAUUUUCACACUGCUGCAUUUCAUGAUUCCUUACUGAGAUACGUUAUGUCAAGUUUAAUCAUGUUGGUAAUUAUCAAGUUCUUCAAACUGCUUCGUUUCAAUGUCCGAUUAUCCAUGCUUGCAAAAACACUUCAUUCCGCAAGAGGACCACUGAUCGCAUAUUCGUUUUCUCUGUUUGGAUUUACCAUGGCAUUUGCUACGUUUGCUGUUCUCGUUUUUGGCACUACACUUGAAGGAUACAGAAAUUUUCCAAGCACUGUUACAACCAUGUUCCUUUUUAUGAUGGGCGAGUCCGAUUACUAUGGUCUUUAUGAAGGCAAUGCUGUUCUUGGUCCAUUGUUUUUCUUUCUCUUUUCAUUGACAUUUCAGUUUAUAUUAGUGCAGUAUUUUAUUACUCUUCUCAUGGAUUCAUUCCAUGCUACCAGGAUUCACAUAGCCUCGGUAAAAACUGAGGUUCACAUGGUUCAGUACAUUCUGAGGAAAUUACGUUUGAUAACAAUGCUUGAUUCACACAAAAAGCAGGGAAAACGUAAAAUUGUUGAAGAUUUCUAAAAUCUGUUUGUUAAUUGUUCCAAAGUAUUUUGUUACAGGCAAAAUGUUCCUUUUUAUGAUGGGCAAGUCUGUUUACUAUGGUCUUUAUGAAGGCAAUGCUGUUCUUGAUUCAUUGAUUUUCUUUCUCUUCAGUGACAUUUCAGUUUAUAUUAGUGCAGUAUUGUAUUAUUUUUCUUAUGGAUUCAUUCCAUACUACCAGGAUUCAGAUAGCCUCGUUAAAAACUGAGGUUCAAAAUAAAGCAGAAAAAAACGUAAAAUUGUUGAAGAUUUCUAAAAUCUGUUUGUUAAUUGUUCCAAACUUUUGUGUUUUAGGCAAAGUGAAAAUAAAAUAUACUGAUUAGU